AUGGAUCAACAGACCUGUGUUACGGAAUUCGGGAACGUCAUCCUAGUCGUGUCAUACAAUGACGAAUGCGGCCUCGAGUUCAGUCGAUCAUUUCGUAUAGUCAAUGGAAAGGAUGCUGCGGAGAGUUCACAUCCAUGGCUGGUGGCAUUGUAUCGGGAAAACGCUUUCCAGUGCGGGGGGGCUCUCAUCACCGACCGCUACGUGCUGACAGCGUCCCAUUGUUUUCGACCAGACGACGAGAAGGAUAAAUUGAGCGAAGCAGCAUUUUUCGCUGUGAUGGGUACGAAUAAUUUGACGGAUACGGAACAGCGUGUCGUCCGACGCGUUUGUCGAGUAGCGACGCAUGCUCAAUACGUAGCGAGUAAUUUCCACAAUGACAUCGCGCUAGUCGAGCUGAGCGAGCCAGUGGAUAUCACGGGGAAACGCUUGCGCACUUUAUGCCUUCCCGAAGGCCUCGGACAGGAGCCGAUGAAUAUGAGUGAUCGCCGAUUCAUAAUUGCUGGUUGGGGAUCGGUGGACCCUUUCCAAAUAGUUUUGACAAAUGUUCUAAUGCAAAUUGAAAUAACGGGAGGAUCGAUCGCCAAUUGCAGCAAGCAGUUCUCAUCAUUCUUGGACUUCGAUCCGAAAAUUCAGUUUUGUGCCGGCGAUAUUCGGAAAAACGUGAAGGACGCAUGUCAAGGUGACAGUGGCGGUCCUCUGAUCCAGCGCCGUGAAAGCGACGGCAGGUUUGAGAUCGUCGGAAUCACAUCAUUCGGCGUGGGCUGCGCCACAGAAGGCCUACCAUUCGGCGGUUACGCUACCGUGACUUCUUAUCUCCCGUGGAUCAAUGUGACACUACACGCAUUGCGAGAUUCCGCGCGAUCCUGUCUCUUUGAGGAAAAAGCCCUGGACACAGCCCCAUACGACGACUUAAUGCAGAUUUCUCCAUGA